AAACCACGCAUUCAAUGCAACUAUUCAACUGCCAGUUCCCGUUCGAAUCGCAGCAACCAUGGAAGUGAACCUACUCUACCCGCUCAUCGUAGUAGCCAUCUUGGUGGUAAUCUACCGCCGAGUGACGAAAUACUUCGAGUACUUUCAUGACAAACCCAUCCCCUCGAUGGCCACCAAUCCGAUAUACGGCAGUACCGGUCCGUUGUAUAGGAAACAGUACUCGUUCAGCGAUUUCAUCAAGACGGUCUACGACAAAUAUUCGGGAGUCAAAGUGUUCGGACUGUUCGACAUGACGACGAAGAUGUUCGUCAUCCGGGAUCCGGAGCUGAUCAAGAAGAUCACCGUGAAGGACUUCGAGUACUUCAUCAAUCGGCGGUCGUCGUUUGGCGAAAACAAGGACAAUGAUAAUGGGAUACUGCUAAGCAAUACGUUGGUCAUGCUGAAUGAUCAGAGGUGGCGUGACAUGAGAGCGAUUUUCAGUCCAGCGUUCACCGGGAGCAAGAUGCGGGCUAUGUUUGAGUUGAUCGCGAAGUACAGCGAUGUAAUGGUACGAGUGUUGAAGGAACAAGCCAGCGAAACAGGCUAUAUGGACUACGACAUGAAGGAUUGUCUCUCGCGGGUGGCAAACGAUAUCGUUGCCACGUGUGCGUUUGGACUGCAGGUCGAAUCGCUGGAAAGCCGUGAGAACGAGUUCUACAUGAUGGGGAAGCAACUGAUGAACUUUAACAGAAUAACCGUAAUGAUACGAAUGAUUGCCUUCGGCUUGCUCCCGGGAUUGAUGGCGAAGCUAGGUUUUGAUAUUAUCGAUGCUGAGCAUAGUCGUUACUUCACGAAGAUCAUCAUGGAUGCUGUACGGACUAGAGAGAUUCAAGGAAUCGUUCGCCCGGACAUGAUCCAUUUGCUGAUGCAGGCGAGGAAGGGUGUUCUUAGGAAUCAAAAGGAGACAGCCGAAGAUAAUGCCGGAUUUGCAACCGUUGAAGAAUCCGAUGUAGGGAAGUCGGUAGUCAACAAUAAGACCAUCACGGAGACGGAGUUCGUUGCGCAGUGUUUGAUUUUCUUCUUGGCUGGAUUCGACAGCGUGUCUUCCGGAAUGGUAUUCAUGGUGUACGAGCUAGCCAUAAAUCCCAACGUUCAACGGAGAUUGUUCGAGGAAAUCAUGGAAACAAACCAUCAGCUCGGAGGGAAGCCAUUAACCUACGACACGCUGCAGCAGAUGAAAUAUAUGGACAUGAUGGUUUCGGAGUCGCUCCGAAUGUGGCCAAUACCGGCAUUCGACCGAAAGUGCGUCCGAGACUACGUGGUUGAUGAUGGCGCCGGGCUGAAGUUCACCAUCGAUGCAGGAGACUGCAUCUGGGUUCCGGUUCAUGGCAUCCACCGGGAUCCGAAGUACUACCCCAACCCGGAGAAGUUCGACCCCGAGCGGUUCAGGGACGAAAACAAAGCAACCAUUGACACGACAAUGUACCUGCCAUUUGGGAUGGGACCGAGAAACUGUAUCGGAUCGAGGUUUGCCCUGAUGGAGAUGAAAGCAAUCAUGUAUGCGUUGUUGCUGAAUUUCAGCAUCGAGAGGAACGAGAAGACACUGGUGCCGAUGCGGCUUGCCAAAGGAUUCGCCGGACUGAACGGCGAAGGAGGUAUCCAUUUGAGACUGCAACUGCGGCGGUAGGGACGGGUGUUACAUUUUGAAAAAUAAAUAUCGACAAUUUUCAA